AUGAGCUGGACCCUGGAUGUGCUCCAUGGGUUGGAGAUUCGUGAUGAGAUCGAGAAGCGGGACUCUAUAUAUUUCACGGCAUUCAAGCAGCUUAGUCUCACUGCGCAGAAACCGAAAGGUGAUACUGGCAAUGACGGUAUCACUCUUCAUCUGUUAAUAUCCGACAAAGAUGUGCUUAUCAACAAGAUGAAUACCUUGCAUUUUGAAAUCCAGAAACUCGAGGAAAAGCUUGUGCACACCAACAAGCUCAACCGACAGUUGGAGAAGGAGACAGCAGCGUUGAAAGGCAAAAUCACUAGCCUUACUUUUGAAAUUGCUGAAAAGAAUAAGGCAAUUGAGACCAUCAACGACGAGCUUCUAUCAUGUAAUAUUCAAAACAACAUAUUGAGCAAAACUGCCGAUGAUUUGACGGAGGAGAACGAGUCAUUGGUGCAGAGGUGGAUGGAGAGGGUGAAACUCGAUGCUGAAAAGCUAAACGAUGCUAAUGAGCUCGUUCAAGGUAAAUGAAAUGAUGCUAUUUACACAAAAAUGCUAUGAACCACCAGGUCUGCAGAAAACCACAAGGUCUCCCCGGCGUCGGUCGUCCCAGUGGAAGUAGCUGUUGAAAAGACGCUUGCACUCAACGUAUCCAAGGUGCUUGAGUAUUUCAUCCAUUUCAACAAACGCUUCGAAAAUCACCACUCGUGCAGGCCAAUUGUAUUUGAACUCAUCAGCUACAGAGUCGAUUUCUGGGGGAAAGUUGGUGUGGACAAAGUGGCGUGGAUCAUCGUACAUUUGGUCCGACUCGUCUCUGUACUCACGAAGUAAUUGUGGGUCCUUCCCCGUGAGAUGCAACGGAGGCUCGCAUGUGAUGAACCAGGAGUUGUUGAACCUGGGAUCAUGCAAGUGGCUUUGCCAGGGAGUGGAAUGGCAUGGGGUAAGGAAGCCGACGUCCAAUACGUUUUCUGACUUCAAGUAGUCCAAUACGUUUUCUGACUUCAAGUAGUCCAAUAUGUCGAUUUCUCCUCGUUCGUUAACAGUGGUGAAGAAUAGGGCAAUCACAACGUUGAGUACAAUAACCAACACUGCCCAUGCUUUGAAUGUCCGAGACUUCAAGUAAACCUGUCUCACCGAAUAUGCACUGUACAAUAGGAAAAUUGGCAUCAACGGGUAGAUGAACCUAAACUCCUUGUGGCCGAUACACGAGAAUAGCAAGAGGGUGCUCAUACAAACCAAUCCCAAGAUGUCUCUGUAAAGUUUGAAUUUCCAAACGGCAUGAACGAAAAAUGGCAAGUACGUUGUAAGGAUGAUGGGAAUCGAUUGGAAAAUAUGAAAGUGCCAUGGGGAGGAUCCAUAGAAUACUGAGAGGUUCCUGAUCACGUUGAACUCCACGAAAUUGUACAACACAAAGGUAUAAAACCCGUAGAAAAGUCGGUCUAGCAACGUACUAACCCCAAAUAUGACCAGCAAUUCGACUGCUAAACCGGCCACAAGUUUGAAGUUUGACUGCAAGCUUACAAUGGCAACAAAAUAGACCCCUAGAACAAGCCAUAUAAUAGAAUUUGUAGGCCGAAUAAUACAACUCACAAACGCAAACCCACAGGGUACAAACAUCGUUCUAUAGUCGGACGAUCUCCAAGGCCAAUAAGCCAACCCAAUGG